AUGUCCCAACCAACACUCGUCACGCAGCUCUCGCAUUACAUACUCGACGGCAUCUGGCAGCUCUCACAAUUAUGCAACUGCUUCCCCUCGAACCCGUCCCUGCGAAUCAAUGGUAGAUCCUUCAAGAUACUCCGACUUCUCGGUGAAGGUGGCUUCAGCUAUGUCUACCUCGUCCAAUCGCCUGGCGAUCCAACGCUCUAUGCGCUCAAGAAGAUCCGUUGUCCUUUUGGUGAAGAGAGCGUAAGCUUAGCACUGAAAGAGGUAGAGGCGUAUAGUCUCUUCACACCACACCCAAACAUCAUCCACGCCAUCGAUCAUGCUGUAGAGUCGGACCGAGGAGGUGACGCGGGCAGCAAGACAGUCUACAUCCUCCUACCAUACUACCGACGAGGCAAUCUUCAAGACGCCAUCAACGCGAACCUGGUCAAUCACGCCCGCUUUCCCGAACGAAGACUCAUGGUCCUCUUCCUAGGCGUCUGCAGAGCACUGAAAGCAAUGCACCAAUACCGCGUCAAAGGCCCACCAGGCGGAGAAAGCAGUCGUCGCAAAGCCAAGAAAGUCCGCCAGGAAGCUGCAGAAGCAGAUCACGACGCAGAAGAAGAAGUCAUCCAAGCGAACCAAGAGCGACGGAGACGUGACCGCGAUGACGAGGAUAUCGAGCAGGAACCGCUGAUGGAAGGUGAAGUCAUGGCUGCGCAAGAAGGAGUUCGGGAUGGUGAGAUAAGGAGCUAUGCGCAUCGGGAUAUCAAGCCCGGCAAUAUCAUGAUCAGUGACAAUGGCACACAACCCAUCCUCAUGGAUCUCGGCUCGCUCGCACCCUCGCCUACACCCAUCACGAGCCGAGCCUUAGCAUUACAAGUACAGGAUCAGGCAGCGGAGCAUAGUACGAUGCCAUAUCGCGCACCCGAACUGUUUGACGUGCAGCCAGAUACCACGAUAGACACAAAGGUCGAUAUCUGGUCAUUAGGCUGCACGCUCUACGCCUGCCUAAUAGGAAAAUCACCGUUUGAAGCUCGCAGUGAGGAGACGGGCGGCUCCCUCAGUCUCUGUGUACUCGGUGGCGACUGGAGGUUUCCCGACGAAGGGCCAGCUGAGGCAAGGAGAGGGAAGCAGAGAGUCAGUGAUAUUGAUCCCGAAGCGGCGAAAAAACGGAAGGAGGAUGCGGUUGGUGAGGAUGUCAAGGAAGUUGUGAGGGCUUGUCUUAGAGUUGAGCCCGCUGAGAGACCGGAUGUUGACCAGCUGAUCUCGAUGGUGGAGGCUGUUGUGGCAAAGUUGCCUGAUGAGGGCGAUGCUGCGCUGGAUAUGGAGUGA